GACUGCUGUGUUUAAGCGAGUGAGCAUUUCUUUGCUAGUUUACAUUUGGAAUAUAUAGUGUGCGCAAGUUCGGAGGCUGGAUUACACGGAGAUUGCAUUUUUUUUUCUCGCAACGUCGUGAGUAUACCCAACAGAUAAUCUUGUGGCCGCAAACAGGGGACUGUGUUAAUAAGCUGCUGAGCAUCUACAGAUUCUGCACAGAUACAGAAACAGAAAAUCCGGGCGAAGCGCAGAGUAUAAGGAGCGAAAAGAUUUGGAAGCUGGUAAGAUAAGAUGAACGGGGCGACCUUGAAACCGGAAGCCGGCAGUCGGGAGCUUCCCUCGAUAAAGGAUCUUUUCCCCACAUUAGAGGGCAGCUCGAUUGCUCCCAGAAGUCAGAGCAUGACCGAAGGGGUAUAUAUGGCUCCGCCAGUCGGAUACGUGCCGCCGGACUUCAGUCUGGAAAGAGAGCUGGGCAAGCUCACGAAAAUCAGCAUGGAAAUCCAGCAGAUCCUGGAGAGCUCGAAAAGUAUCGCGCACGUGCCGCGCGAACUGCUCGAGAGCGGAGCCCAGCAGGCAGAUCUCCUUCACUCUAUUUACCAUUCGUGGAUGAGAACCCGUGACGAGGAGGCUGCACGGGCACCGCCUCGGCAACACGCACAUUCCCGGAACUCGUCGAUGCAGUACACAUUCCAGCCGACAGUUCCCGUGGGCUCGGGCGGCGCCCCGAUGCCACUUCUUCUCAACCCGUCAAGAUACCAGAAUAUGGAAGAACAGGCCGCACGGACGCUUUCGUCGAUGAUCGAGGUGUCUCCUUCGCAAGCACACCAACGUACUUCUUCGUAUCCAACGGACGACCGACUCACCACGCCGCCGGUUUCGCCUAGUUCUUUUUCUGUUCGCAAACUCAAAAUGAAAAAAUCUCCAACAGGGACAAAUAACAUCUCUGCACAGUUGGCGCUCGAGGCCAACGUCGACAACGGGAAUCUUGCUGAAAUGGUGACCAACGAAUGUCUACAUUGUCAGUCCAAAGAAACACCCGAAUGGAGACGCGGGCCCGAGGGAGAGCGCACGCUGUGUAACGCGUGCGGACUCUUCUACGCCAAGCUGUGCAAGAAAUAUGGCGAGGAAAAAGCCAAGGAUAUUAUGAAGGAGCGCAAAAUCAAGGGAAGUGAGACUGACCGACGGGUCAGUGUGGGAUUUUGAAAACCGUUAAUCGUAAUGAUUAACUCGACUGUAAUAAUGAGACACUGAUUUUUUUCGAAUUCAAAUACUUGUAGCCAGGUUGUUGACCACGUUGUUGAAAAAUGUGAGGCCGCGCACAAAAGUUUCGUAGUCAUUGUCCUCAAUAGGCUCCACGAGUCCAGGCAGUUGCUGGCCCGCAUAGCCCGUGUAGCGUCCGCUUACGUAGAUAAUAUGUCUGAACCAUGGUCUGUCCUUCAAGCCAUCGGGAUUCAGGAAUUUGCGCUCGAAGUAGUUCAGCUUACGGUUCGUCUUGACGAUUUUCAAUUGCAAUGCAAGUUUCUCCCACCAAGACAGACUGUCCCAGUUGUCGUACUUUGUUUGCAAUUGCACUGCUUCCUCAUCAAAGGAGAUGGCAGCUUUUUUUAAAGAAAUAAUGUUUUGCUCGGUGUCCGAGAGCAGGUCGACCAGCUUGCCGCCCUUCGAACAAUGUCCUAUGGUUCGACUCAGCCAAUUCUUAGGAACCUCAACUUUCUCGUAAAGCCGCUGGAUUUCGGAAGCAUAGUCAGAGGCCUUCAUUUGGUACACUUUGGUCUCACUGAGCUUCAAAACCGACAGACCCACGUAUUUUGCCAUGAGAUUAUGGAAAACAAAGCCAGGAUCCGCUAAACUCUCUAUCCAGUGGUAAGAAUCAUAGACAGAAUGGUAGUGAUAAACAGGACCGGUGCGGUUGCUCGUGAAACCCAUGUCCACCGAUGGUAUGCCCAGAUGGUCCAAGAACACUGUGUAGUAGGAGCCCGAUCCAAGGGACUUGAAGGUGUCGUUUGUGUUCUCCUUGAAAUGAUCGUACAGUGUCUUGUCUGUGCCAGGAUACUCCAGAAGAUCUGCAGUUGAUCUCAGCACUUCGUACAACAUUGGCGAGGCUCCGAGUUCCAGAAUGUUACCAACAGCCGAAACGUCCAUGUUGAAGUAAGCAAGAGUCUUUUUAGAAAGAUCGUGCGCGUUGUAUUCGCCAAAUUCGGUGGAUCCAAGCAAUCCGUACUCCUCGCCGUCCCAGGAUGCCAGCAUGAUGGUUCUUUGUGGCUUCCAGCCGGUUUUUUGCAGAUUGCCUAAAGCUCUGGCAAUUUCAAGCAGCACAGCAGAGCCCGUGUGAGGAUCUCCGGCAGCAGGAGUCCAGGAGUCGCGGUGGUUGCCGAUGAUGAUCACUUCGUCUUUUUUGUGUCCUUCAAUCUUGCCAUAGACAUUGUAAAGAUUAGUGAUGUUGAAGUCCUGCUCGUUUGUCAGGUGCAGCUUGUAGUUUGGAUUUGGUCCAAUAGAUGCGUAAUCGUAGCCAGGUACAAGUCCUGCAGGCCAGGACUCGACCUUAGGACCAUGUCCUGAGAGUUUCUGCAAGAUAGGAAUAACUUCUCUAUAGGAAACAGGAAUCGCCGGAAUUCUUGGGGUCGUCAAAUGAGGACUCGACCUAGUCUUGUUUUCUCCUGGUUUGAUGGCAUAGCCUGGCGUGGUGGGAUCGCCGGGAAACACAGAAAGAAACUGAGAAGAGCCGCGCUGGAUCGCGCUCGGGUUUCUUGCAAUUCCUUCAGGAUAGGCCUUGUAGCCGUUCGCCUCAGUCACCUCUCCAUCAUCUUUAGGGUCUGUAAACAGCAGGGCGGCCUUGAAACCAAAAUCCUGCGCAAACUUGACCUUCAGGCCUCUGAAAAUCUUGCCGUAUCUAAUCACCGCUAUCUUGUCUGUUGCGUUCACUCCUAGUUCGGCCAAUGUAUCGAAAUCCUCUUUAGUACCGUAAUUGCAGUAGAUGUACUCCCCCACAACAUCGCCAGAGGCCGCAUAGCCCAAAAAGGCAGGCACACUUUUCAGGGAGGUUGGGUCUUCUUCCAAAAUGUCUUCCUGAAGAGCAGCCUUGAACACAACGGAACCGUUGCUGGCACUCAAAAGAUCCAGCGAUUGAGACACAGGAUAGCUAAUAUAGGUAGUGUAGAGGUCAGUUUCUACCUCCAGACCAAAUUCGAGGAAUUUGUCUCUUGUCCAAUUGGCUAGCUUGAUGUUUGCCUCCGUGCCUGGGAAUUGUGUCUCAUUAGAGUACUCUUUUAGCCAUGUACCAGCAUAAUUCUCUUCCAGUGAGCCAAGAUAGCCCAUAAAAGUCUUGUGAACGGGAUCUGGUUGAGCAGAGCGGUGAACUUGGUCCAGGGUAAACCGACAGAACAGCCCUAAGAUAAGUAUCUGUAGGACAAUCACAAUAGGGUUGCGGAGCCAUUGAUAAUCUCUAACUGGCUUUCGAAGAAUAUCUGGAGUCUGUUGUCCUGCUUCAACGUCCAGAAAUGGCUCCUUUUUC